AUGACCGUGCAAGAGUUCAAGCCUCGUGGCGGUGCUGCCGAGGAACAACAGCCGUCCGGCGACAUUCUUUCACCGUCUAGCGAGCCAUUGGACAACGACAAGGAACAAUCGGCCCAGGUCUGUUAUCGUGGUGCGCCGCAGGAUAGCGAGAAUCUAUUGGGACGUGUUUUAGCCGUCUCUCCAAUGGGAAUUGAAUUCGAGGGGCGGGAUCGGGAAACGGACGAAGAAUUAAAUUCGGAGCGCUGUUAAUUAGGGGAAUUGUUUAAUAAAGGAUUGCUGCAUCGUUCACGAAGGAGAGUUAAUUUAUCGGUGGUCGAUUCAUCGGUGAAGAAGAAAAUUAGGAUGUUUUAGCUUUAAUAACGCCAUUGUAGUCGACGCGUGACACGGCC